AAACUACUGUAAAAAUAACUACGUCCGUUUACUCCUUUCAAAACAAAGGUAUAUUCGGCCAAGGCUACGUCCAGUUGCCUGUUUGAGCCAUUAAUGCUUUUUAUUUUGAAGACAGAUUCUUGUUACAUCCGGUAUCCUGUCUCUAAUUGUGACAAACUUAACUACUGUCUUUCGGCAUCAUCCAAACAUUAGCUUGUUGGGUAGCAUUUAGCUAACGUUAGCCAAACUCUUCGGGAAAAUAGAGCCCUUCGCUAAGCUAAUCUAUGAGUCGCAAAAGAAACCAUAGCUUCGCUGAAACGAGCCUGUCUCCUGAACUCCACGGCGUGUUCAUGGAGCCUCCCGGGUCAGCGAACCGAGCCGACGGUGAUUUCCUGGAGCUGGAGCCCGACGAGGAGCUGCUCUGCUCGGUCAGCGACAUCACCGAGCACCUCGGCAGAAACAUCACCGUGGUGCUGGAGACAGCGCUUUCUGAGAUCCGCAAAAUGGUCAGCAUCAGGAUACGAGUCCUGAAAAUGGAGCUACGCGAGAAAAGCGAGGAAAUAGAGGUGCUAAAGGCGAGACUAGAGACAGUUCAGAGGGAUGGUAGGGACCCUUUCCCCGGCGUUCCCACCAUGGAGCCGUCUGCAGAUGCUGGCUUCAAGAAACAUGACUUCAGCUCCGGCAACAAACACAAUAGUAUCGAUCCCAGGAGAGCCAAGGCUGUCAUGCCUGGUGUGAAGAAGGAGAAUAUAGAUGCUAUUUGCGACUAUCUGAUGAAAGACAAGAACUCGAGAGGGUGUGCUGAAAUGGACGGAGACCAGAGUAGCCAAGCCAGCGGCGACAGGGAGGCUCGCCAAGAUCCGGACCCGCAAUCCCUCAACCUGUGGUCAGACAGCGGCAUGGCUGGCUCCGGGCCCGGGCACGGAGACUCCGAGUCUACCACAGAUGACCUUUUCAGUAUGCUCCCCUCUGGCAGUAAACGGAUGUAUGACUACGAAUGGAUAGCACCAAUGGAGUAUUCUUCAGACCUGAAAGUCAUGAAGGAUCCCGAUUGUGAGAGCAACCUGACCGGUGAGACAGAGGAUGAUGAUGAGGAUGAGUUGUCGAGGAGGGAGGGAGGUGGACUGGAGCAGGCCCAGGCCCCGCUCUCACACGUCCAGCCCUCUGAGUUCUCCAUGGAGCCCCAGAGCUCUCCAGGGGAGGGAGGGAGUCCACUGGAGGGCAGCACAGACAGGCCUGUGGCAGGCCAGCAGUUUCCCGGCCACACCUACAUCUGCUCUCUGUGUGGAACCUUCUGCCCUGACUCUGUGUUCCUAGAGGAACAUGUCAAACUGAUACACUCAGACUCUGCUGGUGCCCAGGCUCUCCAGGCUCUGCAGUCCACCUGCUCAACUGCACCUGCCAUGGGUGAUGGCAGCAGUGACUCCAGGAGGAGUGGAGGGGUGCAGAACGAAGAUGGCACAGGAGUAGGGGCUGGUUCAGGGCGGGGAGGGGGGCAUGUGAAAAAGGAGAUUAAAAUCGAGGGGGGGUACGAGUGCGGGGACUGUGGCCGCCAUUUUAACUACCUUGGCAAUCUGCGACAGCACCAGCGUAUCCACACUGGAGAGAAGCCCUUCAUGUGUCCAGAGUGCGGGGAGAGGUUCCGCCACGCGGCCCGUUUAAAAAGCCACAGGCUGGUGCACAGCGGGGCCCAGAGCCCCUUCCCCUGCCCUCAGUGUGGUAAAGGUUUCUCAGUGCUAUCAGGACUCAAGAGACACCAGCGGGUGCACACUGGCGAAAGCCCGUAUGCCUGUCCACAAUGCGGCAGGCGCUUUAAAGAGCUGGGGAACCUGUACACCCACCAGAGGAUCCACAGUGGGGCCACGCCCUACUGCUGCCAGCAGUGUGGGCGCAGCUUCCGCCACCUGGGAACUUACAAGAGCCACCGCUGUACCCCCGCACAGUAACCUGUCCGGCUGCUACGCUUUCUAAUACCUAGAAAUUUCAAGUGUAUGUCAAAGACAGGACAUGAUGCUGACUCUAAGGUGUGUGUCUGUUGACACUGAGGGAGGUGCUGGUCAUGUGGAAAACAGGGCUGGUAUCCUGAGAUGCUGCCCAAGCUUUCGUGUUAUGUCACAUUCAUGACAUUUCAGAUCUGCAUCAGGCAUCAAGAAAAGCUGCAUCAUUGAGCUUAAGUUCAUUCUUGACCUUGGAAACAGUAGUUUGAUAAAAUGUAAACUCAACUUCUACAUUGAUUGCAUCACAUAGACUGCAUCUGAAAUUCCAUAUUAACAUGCUGUUUAGUAUGUAUGUGAGGUUUUUUUUAGUAUGUCUGAAACCUUAGUAUGAAACCAUUAGUAUGUGAAUUGCAUACUAUUUCCAGUGAAACAUUGCAGUAUCUAAGCACUGGAAACUAACCCGGCAUAAGUAUCCCACAGUACAAUGCGAUAUUGAUAUCAACAUACAUAACAGCAGACAGCCACCAAGGCAGCUCUGUAACAAGUAAUAAAUACCUCUAACCUAUAACUUUGGUCAUGAGACCGGUGCCUGAUGUGCAAUUUAGGAAACACCAUAUGAAGUAUUGUGGUAGGGAUACCACUACAAAUAAAAGACAUAUUACUUGAUAAUUGAGCUUUGUUAUGGUUUGGGCUUUGGCGUGUGGCGUGGCUUCAUGGAUGUUGAUCGUUCAAUCCACCCCUUGAAUCCAGACUGAAAUAUCUCAAACUAUUUGGAUGAUGUGCCAUAAAAUUUGUUACGUGCAUUAACAUUAGCUGUACGUGCUAAACAUCUGCUUGUAGUGGGGCUGUGUAUCGGCAGGAAUCCAAUAUGUAUUAUGAUACAGAAGUUACGAUUGAAUAUAUUGCUAUUUUUAUGCCUCAUUAUGUUUUUGGGUUGUUUGUAAGUCCGUCCGUCCUAUUCUCGUGAACACGAUAUCUCAAGAAUUCAUUUAUUAAUUCAUUUUCCAGAACCACUUAUCUUGUUAGGGGUCACAGGGGGGCUGGAGCCUAUUCCAGCCGACAUUGGGUGAGAGGCAGGGUACACCCUGGACAAGUGGCCGGACUAUCACAGAGCUGAUACAUAGGGACAGAUAACCAUUCACGCUCACAUUCACACCCACGGCCAAUUUAGAGCCAUCCAUCAACCUAAACUAGGUUGGAUUAGAUUAAGUUAGGUUUUCUCAAGAAUGCCUUCAGGAAAUUUCUUCACAUAUGACUUAAAUGUCUAUUUGGACUCAACGAUAAACUGGUUUGAUUUUGGUCAAGGUCACUGUGACCUAUGUCAUUCUUGUGCAUGCAAUAUUUUAAAGUCUACACAAAUAAUUUUUUUUGAAAUUUGGCACUAACGUCCACUUGGCUUUAGAGAUGAUGAAGGAACUGAUUAAAAUUUGGUAGUCAAAGGUCAAGGUCACUGUAACCUUGUGUCCGUGUUAUUCUCAUAAACACAAUAUUUCAAGAUGGCCUCAAGCGAACUUCCACAAUUUAGCACUUGGACCCAAGAAUGAACUGAUUAGAAUUUGGUGGUCCAAGGUCAAGGUCACUGUGACCUCAUAAAAAACAUGUUUUUUGCCAUUAAAUAAGAAUGCAUAUGCUGAUUAUGACAAAAUUUCACAAAAAUUGUGGCAGCAUCACUGCCUUGUGGGCAUACAUCCCCAAGGCUAAAUUCUAGUUUUAAAAUCUAAUUUUAGGAAAACUUUUAGAGUAAAAACAACACACAACUAUAUCCAACCACAACAGAGGCAUGUAUAUUUGUAGUUAUCACAGUCCCUUUAACAUCCAACAUCAUAGCACUACAUUUAAGGCAAUCUGAGAAAAGGAAUUAACAUUAGCCUCUAUCUGUCAAAAAAGAAUAAGAGUGCUGUCCAGGUUCUUCAGGUAAACAAAUUAAGAAAAAAAAAUGUAAACAAUUAAAAAUCAGUAGUGUUUUUAAAAAUCGAUACAUUAUCACAAAACAUAAUAUCAAACCUUUUUUAAACCCCUACAUUAUAGCAUUCUGAUGUUAGCGUGCUAAUUUACGCAUCAUCUGGCUAUGCAGAUGUCUGUUUGCCUGUUGCUUGCAUUUGCUAACAGCACAAGUAAUGUUGUCCCUACAGAUGUGAUGAAAAACCAAAAGCUCAGGAAGUUCAUCAAACUUGCAAAUGGCAAUAGAGCUGAGGUGUACACAGGUUACCAUGGUUACACUUGUUUCCAACUGACAAGAAGGCUCUUAGGGAGUGGCAUGGUAAUUACACCUCAGUGCAUCCGAAAAUAUACUACUGUUUAUGUAAACAUAAACAGUAUGUAAAGUAUGAACAAUGAUGGUCAAUGUUGUAUACAACACAUGGUGUAGUAUACAAACAUGUAGAGCAUAGCAUGUGAUUUAGGACACAGCAAUUGACUCCUCAUCAGCAAGUGGAAUUUGCUAGAUUUUUGUCGACCUGUAGUAGUUCAAAUUCUUUCAUUUUCUGAGGACUUUAAAACUUCUUGUUUGUUUUAGUAGAAAAUUAGCAAGUUUAUUCUUGACCUAAAAACGAGUACAGAAACAUCCAUGACAACAGAGCAACCUCCAUCCACUGAUGGAGACUGCUCUGCUAGUAACCUUGGGCUUAGAUUGUUCAGUUAAAAAGUUGUAUCAGAGGCCAUCAGGCACCACAUGGAGCAUGUUAAGAGGUGACAUUGUACUGGAUGGCAUCAGUGCAGAGGCUCAUGGAAGGACUAUCAGUAGUUUAGCAUGCUUUAGCCCAUUUACUAUAAUUUGUAUGUUCUUUAAAGCAGUGGCUCUUAAACUUUUUUAAUAAUGCUCCCUUUUUGAAAUAUUUGUACAGCUCAGUACUCCCUGACCAGUGCAAAGAUUGCAGUAAGACAGGAAUAUUGAAUAUAAAGUAUCAAACUUUUACCCUUUUAAAUUGAACUUUAUUAUGGUAUAAUUGUUUUAGGAAUUAAGCAUGACUGAUACUUUUGAAAUUAACAUAUUAAAAAAAUCUUACCUACCCCCUGCAGAACUCCAAAGUACCCCUAAGGGUACCUAUACUCUUAUAUUUGAAAAACACUGCUUUAAAGGAUCAUCCCUGUUUAUACAACAUGGGUUUGUAGUAUUGUCCAUCAUUUCUCUCAGUAGUGAUUUUGCACUAAUUGACUCACUGUGCUCAAGUCCAAUGGGGCAAGAAGCACAGCAGAUGAUCAGACAGGCUGGAGAGAAACCCCCUGAUCAGUCACAUUUAUUUAGACUAAAAGAGGAUGGGAAACAUUGGUAAAAAUCUGUCACAGGUUACAGAGACUCUCCUGUUUCAACUUUGACCUGCUGUACUUACUGUAGUUGUGUACACAGUAUUUCAAUGCAGUGAAUUAUUAGUGCUCACUCACCUUCAUUUGACCUCCAAAUAAAGUGUUUUAGAUAAUGUGGAUACACUGUUGGCUACUUACUCAAGGUGUAAAUAACCGUAAUUAUCCUGUAACAUGUUUUCGGAAGCAUAUGGCAGCAUAUUUCAGCAUGAAAAUCACAUUGAUCAGACUUGAAAGGUGGUUUGCGAUAGGUAAUCAAUCAAAGCAAACAUGGCUAGAGGUAGGAGGGAGAAGAGUGAUCCGUUUAUUUAUAAGAAAGUUAUGUAUUUUCGGGGGGGUGAGAUGAGAUACAGCAGAGAUACACCAUUUUGAGCUGAACCUUUGUUGGACGCCUUGCUUCUAGUUGUUUCCAUUGCUCACUUUGAAAGCACCGCCUUGGUAUGUUGAAAUAAGUAAUUAUCUAUACAGUAACUUCUUAUUUCACUACAAAAAACAAAAUAAGGGGGCAGCUUGCUGGAGGGAGAUCGCCAGGGAGCUAUAAAUUUUUGGUAAACGACCAUCGCUGUUAACAGUCUACUUGCUGUUGGCUAUAGUCUAUGGGUCUCAUUCAUGAAACGUUAGCAGAACAAACUUGUAUGUAAACUGUUUACAGCAGGAAAUGUACGUGUAUUUCAGCAUUCAUCAAUAUUUUAGUAACUAAAGUAGGUACUAACAAAAUCUACACCUUCUGAAAUGCCUGUGUAAAUAAGGAAUACACAUAAAUAUUGCUUGUCAUUAUUAGAAAUUACAAGUUUAAUUUGUGUUGUGCUCUGUUAUGUUCACGAUACACAGACACUUUUGAAACACAUAAGUUAAACAUGACAAAAGUUUAGAAAUAUAACAUUUAGCUAAAUUAGUUGGCAAUUAGCAGAUAUAAGCUUCAGAGUAGAUUUCUUAAAAAUGUGAAUGAGUUAUUUAAAUUGAUUUAAUACAUGUGUUUUCUACAUUUCUGGCAUGCCGUUCCCACUUUAUACAAUCAAGAGAGAGAAUUACGCAAAUGUAUCUUCUGUUUGAAUGGCGAGACUGUGAGACCCACCUUACGGACCAAACACUAAACUAUCAGUGAUGGCUGUCAGAAUGUAAAGUGAUUUAACACUUAAUAUAAUACGUACAUGACCUGACCUUCUGCGUUUGCUGUUGGCUGGUCUAGUGGAGGCAUGUUGCUGUCUCCAUCAGGAAUAAUUUCUAAAAGAGACUGGGAAGAGCCUCCUGUUUCUGUUGUGGUAUUUUUGUAUGCAUUUAUGCUUUUUUUUUUUUUUUUUUUUGGCAUCAAGUUUUAUAUCGAACCAUUUUCAUUUAACUUCUUGGAUGGUUCUUACAACAGAGGACACAGAGUUAAUGGCACCUUUUACCUCCUUUCAGGCCUUUGAUUUACCUGUCCCUGUCACAUCACUACGAACAGAAGAAAAUAAAAUAUCUUUUCUCAGCCCCACUUCACCUAAAAUAACUUCAAUCCUAGUGUCAGAAGUUUCUCUUUCUCUCUCUCUCUCUCUUUUAUUGUUUGCUCCAUGUUCACAGGUCGACAGGAUGCACCUAUCCAUAGUAAUUAUCACCCCCAUAUAUGGUAGUCACUGGCUGUUCAUGGGUGGUGAUAUAUGCUUAUUGCUGACUGGUGGGCUGCCAAUUUACGAUUGGCUAGCAUUUAUGAACAUACACACGUAACUACGAUCAAAUCUGAGUUUCCCCGCAACAUUCAUGAGUCUGAUUUAGGUUUUUAGUACCAAGGUUUUUUAUGUGCAGACCUAUCACAGAUUUACUAACUUUUCAUAAAUGAGACCCAGUGUCAUUUACAGCACAUAUAACAAUAUCAAACAUGUGUUUUCUGUUUCUGCCAGAAAGGGGUUUCUGGUAGAAAACCCUGCAGGAAAACUUCUCUCAGCUCCACAUGAUAGUCGGAUGCUCGUUUGCUGUUAGGAUACAGUGUCUUUACGUUCCACUUGGGAGCGGCUGCCAAGUCAAUGUGACAGCUGGUGAUAAUAUUUGGUAUACCUGUCCAGUUCAGUGUUUGGCUUCAUAUCAAACCGGGUUGAAAAAUUUCUACAGCAGCCCAGUCCUGCUUCAAAGCUACAACAAAAUGGUAGCACCUUUAUAAAUUUACUGUAACUCACAUGAGUCACACCUGCAUAUAUACCUGCUAUAUGUGAUAGGGCAAAAUUCAUAUUUUAGCGGGCAUUAAAUUCUACAGGGGUGGAUGUUUGAUUAUACAACCACAUAAAAUCUAACAUUUAGUCACAUUUACUGAGGUGUGUGACAGAGUGCUGGUCACAUAAUUUGUAUCCUAUGAUGCAGCACUAUGUAACAACUUUUAUAUGGGUUCAAAAUCCAUCAUGGCACAGUAACUUAAAGUCAAACUGAACAUGAUGCUGACUGGAUUACUUGUCUUAAAUACAUUUCAGUUCUCUGCAGUAUUUAAUGAAUGGCUGCCAGGAAAAACAGGACUUAACUGUGGUACGAAUGGAAGAUGGUCAGGAGUGAGCCUUGAGUUUUGAGUUGACAUGCUGAUAGAUAUAAUUAAAAAAAUAUACUAUGAAUUCAUGUCACAACUUUCAUGCUAAUACACAUGGUUUAAGCACAACAGGAAUUCCUACACAGAGAGGAAAUAAGACUAACAUUAACCUUAGGGAGAGACUUUUAUUUGUGAAAUACAACAAUGACAAAAGAUCAAAGUGUUUGCAGUAUGAGUCCAUUUAUUAAUUUGGCCUUAACUUGCUGAUCCUCCAGAACACCCUGUUAUCACCUCACUCUGUGGUGACAGAUGGGGUAGUGGAACACCACCACCCACAUGUGGACUGACUGUGUAACUACAACAAAAAAGAUGUUUGUGGUACUGUCUUUUAUCAUGUGUAGGAAAUUUAUCAUUUAAUUUUUAACCAGUGUAAUGUAUGUUACAGACUAUAUAUUGGUUAUUUUAUACAUUUGCUUGUAUGACAACUAAACAUUGUGUGAUGACAGAAAAAUAACCAUGAAGGAAAAUAACAUCAAGUGUCUGGUGUGUUGACUCAAUUGAUCCAAUCCAGUGCAAAAGGUAUUACAAAAAUUGACUUCAAGCUUGUCUGUAAAAAAAGCUUUAGGUCUUGGCACUGUGUGGAAGACUGAAAAACAACAACACAAUUGAUGCAAACCUGUGAAACUGAAACACUAACCAUUGACAAUCUGCUUUCUAAUAAAUGGUUG